AUGGCUGCGAAGAAACGAGUUGAGAUAAUUUCAAAGGAACCACGCAGAGAAGAAAAUGGUCAUGGCGGUAGACAGAUAUUGAAUUACCAAACAGCAAUUUUAUUUGCCUUUCAACUAGUUAUACAUUCUUCAGAACACUUAACAUCUUUCCCUCCAAACCAUACAGUUAUGACCGCAUUAAAGACAUCAUAUUUACGACCUAAAUACUAA